CUCUCAAGUCAUUCCUCUUAUUGUGAUGGAUAAGAACACUGCACGGGCACCAGGACACCCAUCGCAUGUAUGGGAAACCCAGCGACAUCACUUUACUCGACUGUACACGGAUGAAAAGAAGAAGCUGGUUGAAGUGCAGCGGAUCAUGCAAGAUGAGUACGGGUUUUAUGCGACAGAGAGGCAGUAUAAGCGUAAGAUCAAGGCAUGGGGCUUGGAGAAGAACUCGAAAGCCACCGAGAAAGCAAAUGCGCUUGUGAGAUUGAAGGAAACAGAGGCCAAUCUUGACCUUGCGCAUGUAUAUAAAUUUCGUGGAAAGGACAUUGCCGCCCACAAGCUUCUUCGAUACGCGAAGUCUCACGAUUUAGAGCCGCCAAACAUUGUUCGAAAGAGGUUAACGUGGCAACGUAAGGCCACCAAGGCUCGCCCACAAGCUGUUACUACGAGCUUGGCUUUCGCAACACAUACUGAAAACCAGGAUCCUGUGUUUGUUAAUUUACACGAGCUAUUCGCUUCGUUCAUUUGCUUCAUGUGGUUCGAAGAUUGGGAUUGUAUUCAAUCACUUUCACGUUCACCUUCGCGAUGGAGUCUGUCAUACCCUACAACAGGCUUCUUGAAAUGGGCAUCGACAAUCCUGAGCGUUACACGGUUGGGAACCAAUCAUGUCGUACUAGCAAUGCUCUACGUCUAUCGUUUGAAAUCGAUUAAUCGGACCGUCGUUGGUAAAGCGGGCAGUGAGUAUAGGCUUGCACUAAUAGCCUUGAUGCUCGCUAACAAAUAUCUGGAUGAUAAUUGCUACACCAACAAGACAUGGGCGGAAGUCUCUGGGAUAGUGAAUCCGGAGAUUUGCAUAAUGGAAGUGGAGUUCCUCUCCAAUAUGCGCUACUCCCUCGCGGUGACACUGCAGGAUUGGGAUUUUUGGCUCGAGAGGCUAGGCCAAAGUCAAGAGUUUCUUCUCCGAAAACCAACCGAGGAACUACGAAUCGUCGAACUCCCAGACAUACCACAAAAUGAUCAACAGACGGUCCCAUCGGCAGUGAUGGAUACUGAAAUGCACGAUAUCUCCGACCAUGAAAGCCCUACCGACUCUGGCAACCAGAUCAGCAAAACGCAUAUUACUCCAGAUACAGAAAUGUCCGAUCUCUCAGAUGCCCCACUAAACGAUGUCUCAAAUCCCAAAGUACACGCGAUUGCGGACCCGAACAUACAAGGCAUUCCAAACCAUGAAUUCGACAUGUCAGGGAAUCUGCACCCUGACACCUCAAAUGACAGCAUCGAAAGCGAGCCUGUAAUGUCACUGAACCCCGCAGCAUUCGAGCUCAUAGACACCUCGUUUACAAGCAUGAUACCAUCACCGCUUUUCCCGAGCACAUUGACCAUGGAGCUACCCACGCCUACAUUGAAUCCAGACGACGCUCUCCUCGAAUGGAGAGCAAUCGACUCGUUGGAGCUACAGGAAGGUCCCAUACCGGAUCUGGACGAGUUUCUCGAUCCUUCAAUGUGGAUUGAAGACACAUUGGAGGUUUCGCAGCUAGAGUGGAACUCUUUGCCGCUCUUGGAGCAACUUGGAGCAGAGGAGGAACGGUCGAAAUGUAAAGAGCAGGGCAGUAUCGAAGAAUUAUGAGCAGUAUAUAUAGU